UGUCCCACAAAAUCAAUGUGUUUUUUUGGAUCUAUGGUUCCUGAAUGCAAGCUGUAUCCAUGUAGAAAUAUGUAUUGGGGUUUUUUUCAAAUGUUUCACAUAUUUCUAAGAAUUUUAGGUGUUUUUCUUUCUUUCUCAGCUCAUGUAUUGUCUAUAUGCACCACCAUUGAAUGAUGUGACUCAGCGUUCCAUCUUCUACCGUGUGGUCCCUGGUGAAGCACAUCAGUACACUGGAAUUGUCAAGUUGCUUCUUCAUUUUCAAUGGAAGUGGAUUGGACUCCUGGCCAUGGAUGACGACAAAGGUGAAAAGUUUGUGGAGACUUUGGAAGACAUGUUUCCUCAAAGUGGCAUAUGUGUUGCCUUCUUGGGAAGAAUGCCAAUACAGAGCAACAUUUUGGGCAUUGUUAACUUUUACGAUGUGUUCAAGAGUAUAGCAAUGUUGCUAAUUGAAGCAAAAGUUAAUGUUUGGGUCAUAAGUGCUGAUCCCCAUAUGAUGUUAGAUUUGCAGACGGGGCUCAAUCUGGUUGCAUCCGAACGUACGAUUCCUUUAAACAAGGUAUGGAUUUUGACAGCUCACUGGGAUUUUUCCAUGGAGCCAUAUUUCCAGUACAUGAAUGCAGAGGUCUUCCAUGGAGCCUUGUCCUUUGCAAUCCAUUCCUCUCGGGUCCCUGGAUUCCAACAGUUCCUUCGUGCUCAGAAACCCUCCUCUGACAGAGAUGGCUUUAUCAGGGUGUUCUGGGAACAGGCAUUCCAUUGCUUAUUCCCAACUAGUGGUGUAAGUGAGGAGCAUGGGGGAAGCUGCACUGGGGAGGAGAUGUUGGAAAACCUUCCUGCGAUGUUUUUUGAAAUGAGUAUGACCGGUCAAAGCUACAGCAUCUACAAUGGUGUCUAUGCAAUUGCACAUGCUCUGCAUGCCAUGCAUUCAUCAAGAACUAAACAGUCUGCAAUAAGAGGCAGAGACCAUAUGAUAACAUCAAAGUUGCAACAUUUCCAGCUUCACACUUUUUUAGCAAGCAUCUCAUUUAACAACAGUGCUGGAGAUAAAGUGUCCUUUGAUAAGAAAGGUGACCUGAUUAAUGGAUUUGAUAUCAUCAACUGGGUUACUUUCCCCAAUCAAUCUUUCUCAAAAGUGAAGGUGGGAAGUAUAGAUCCUCAGGCAUCAUUGGAAAGAUAUUUCUCCAUUAAUGAGACCACAAUUACAUGGCAAAACCAAUUUAACCAGACAGUGCCUAUUGCUUUGUGUAAUGACCGCUGUUAUCCAGGUUUCAGCAGAGAGAGAAAGGAGAACAUGCCCUUUUGCUGCUACAAUUGUAAUCCAUGUCCAGAAGGGGAAAUUUCAGAUAAGAAAGAUAUGAAUGACUGUUUCGCGUGCCCUGAAGAUCAUUAUCCAAACAAGGAAAGAAAUGGGUGUCUUCCAAAAAAUCUAAACUUCUUAUCUUAUGAUCAACCAUUGGGUAUUGUUUUGGCCAUUCUAGCUCUGUCAUUUUCUGUGAUCACAGUCUGUGUUUUUGGAAUUUUUGUUAAGCAUCGUAAUACUGCUAUUGUAAGAGCCAACAACCGGAACCUAAGUUAUACUCUGCUCAUCUCGCUUUUCCUCUGCUUCCUCUGCUCCUUAUUGUUCAUUGGUCAUCCCAAUGUAUUGACUUGCCAACUACGACAAACUGCUUUUGGCAUCGUUUUCUCUGUGGCCGUUUCAUCAGUUUUGGCCAAAACCACCACAGUUGUUCUGGCUUUCAUGAUCACUAAGCCAGGAUCCAAACUGAGUAAAUGGGUGGGGACAAAGUUGGCAACUUCUGUCGUUCUUUCUUGUUCAUCCAUUCAGAUAAUCCUUUGCUCAAUAUGGUUAUGUACCAGUCCUCCUUUCCCGAGUCUGGAGAUGAACGCUUUGCCCAAAGAAAUAGUAGUGCGAUGCAAUGAAGGCUCGGCCAAUAUGUUCUACUUAAUUCUUGGUUACAUGGCUUUCCUGGCUUUUGUCAGCUUCAUUGUGGCCUUUUUUGCUCGGAAGCUGCCUGAUACAUUUAAUGAAGCCAAAUUUAUCACUUUCAGCAUGUUGGUGUUUUGCAGUGUUUGGGUGUCAUUUGCUCCAAGUUAUCUCAGCACCAAAGGGAAGUACAUGGUGGCCGUGGAGAUCUUCUCUAUGUUGACCUCCAGUGCUGCUAUACUGGGCUUUAUCUUUUCUCCUAAAUGCUAUAUAAUUGUCCUGAGGCCUCAACUGAACAGUAGGAAUCAACUAAAAAGGAAAAAUAAUUAA